UCCCAUUAGAAACGACAGGCUGUGGUCUAUUUUGGGUUAGUUAUUAAAAAAAAAAUCGUUGUCCAGUUUCCGCUCUGUUUUAGCUAUUUAGCUAACUAACAAUCUAGUUCGUUGUUUAGCCGUCUUUGUUUAUAUUGAUAAAACACUCUUAUUUUGACACAAUUUAGGUCGCCAACCUAUCGUCAGUAAUUUAAUAAGUGCAAGCUCGCGAAAAGAAAGCAACCACGAAGAAUAUGGAGGUUGAUUUCCCAGAGCAAGACGCUAGUAGCACGGACGAAGAAGACACUGUCAGCUCGUCUGUAUCUGAAGAUGGAGACAGCUCGGAGAUGAACGACGAGGACUGCGAGAGGAGACGAGUGGAAUGUAUGGACGAGAUGACUACCCUGGAGAAGCAAUUCGGCGACUUGAAAGAACACCUGUACAAGGAGAGGCUCAGUCAGGUGGAUAUAAAGCUACAGGAGGUCAUAGCAGCCUGUGCCCAAGAGUAUCUGGAACCACUGGCCAACCUACAGGAGAAUAUGCAGAUCAGAACUAAAGUGGGCGGGAUCUACCAAGAGCUGUGUCUGGAGUCUGUGAAGAAAAAGUACGACUGUGAGAUCCAGGCUGCCUGCCAACACUGGGAGAGCGAGAAGCUGUUGCUGUUUGACACGGUGCACAGUCACUUAGAGGAGAAGAUCAGACGCCUGGAGGAGGACCGACACAGUAUCGACAUCACCUCAGAACUGUGGAACGAUGGUUUACGUUCACGGAAGAACAAGACGAAGGAUCCCUUCUGCCCUGUCAAGAAAAAGAAGCCUGUCGUCUCAGGUCCAUAUAUUGUUUACAUGUUGCAAGACCUUGAUGUACUUGAAGACUGGACAGCAAUACGAAAGGCACCACAGGCGGAGGUGACAUUAGGGUCGCACAGGGUCAAGGUUGAUGUCCCUACCAAGGCGGACAGACACCACCAUGUGGCGAGGUCAGAGGAGGGCAGACUGUUCUAUGACAGCCAGUGGUAGUGCAGAGGACAGGCCUUGUGUAUCAACAAGAAUGACCAACACACUACCAGGUGUGUGUCUUGGUGUCUGUGUAGGAAAUGUAUGUUUUCAAAUGGUGUGUUUGUGUGUUUCUGUAUGUAUAUUUGCAUGUGACGCAUUUGAGCGUGGGAGCAUGAUCUUGUGUGGAUACGCUGUUGUCGUUCAUACUCUAGAUUCAGGUUUUGUAAGUGAAUUGGUGUAAAGAGGCAUAUAGGUGUAUGUGAUGAAAAUUAAUAUAUUUUAUUAUCCAAUCCUCUUCCGUCUCUCCGCACAGCGCCAUAAUAACUGCCAUAAUAACCACCAUAAACCAUGACGAGGUGUGGUUCAAACAGCCUGACACCAAGUCCAAACUCUACGUCUCUCAGCUGCAGGAAGGCAAAUACACCAUCAAACACUCCUAAUGUCCCUCACAGCCUGCCGUACUCUUUCACCCUGGAUAACAGAUGAACUCCACUGCCAUAAUGUCCUCUCCUUUAUGUCAGUGGACUUAACCUGCUCCUGGAGAGCUACAGGUCAGGAUGUGUAGGGUCAGUGACUGACUAAUGCUCUUUGUAUGUUCAUUUGAUCUGCAAGGCCAACAAGUGUCAUUCCUUCUCUAAACUGGAAACGAGAGAAGUGAAAUUCUGGUUGUAAGGAGGAGUGGUGUUGUAGUUGGUCUUUAGUGUAUUUUACCCCCCCACCCCCCUUCUCCCUAAUUGCUAUCUUGUUCCAUCGCUGCAACUCCCUAUCGGGCUCAGGAGAGGCGAAGGUGAAUUCUGAAACAUGACUCGCCGCACUCCUUAACACCCGCCAGCUUAACCCGGAAGCCCGCCGCACCAAUGUGUCGGAGGAAACACUGUUCAACUGGCGACCGGGGUCAGCCUGCAGUCACCUGGCCAGCCACAAGGAGUCGCUAGAGUGCGAUGGGCCAAGUAAAGCAACCCCCCCCCCCCCGCAGUGCCUUAGACCGCUGCGCCACUCGGGAGGCCCCAUAGUGUGCCUUUUUUUUAACAAGGUGAUGCCUACAGUCUUGAACUAACCCUGCUCUUCUGGCCGGUGAGAACAGGACGAGGAUCAAGUCAAGGACAAUUGGUUGUGACUGGACGGAUGGCUAAACCCUGGCCCUAGUGAUGUGUUUCCUUCACUGUGAAACCCCCACCUCUUGUAGUAUUCCAUUUCUAGUCAUCUUUCAUGUCUCUGUUACUAUUCUGAUAAGGAUGCACGGCUCUCGCUUUUUCUGUCUUCCUGCCCUCCUCAAGGGGAUAUGAGACCAUUUUCACCUAACCAAUGCUGUCAGAUGUGUUGUCAAUUGAAGGAAGGAUGGAUGUUAACUGUAUUUUAGCAUGGCCAAGGUCAGUAGAGAUGUGUCUAAAUGUCUGGUUGUUGGACAAUCAUGUCCAUGCAAUCCCAGUCUUUUCCACAUUAUUGCAUAUUGUGGGAAAGCAUUUGUUUGUCUGUGUAUAAAGUACCACCUGCCAACAGUUUUUUACAUCUUAAGGAUUCUCAACAUAUUAUGAAUUGUGUAGAUGUUACAUGCUGUAUAUAAUGGGAGCAUCUGCUGGGUUUCUUUCGCAGCCUAUGAAGAAUUCUACUUAUGUCCGUCUGAUUACGACCAGACCAAAUGUUUCACUGCCAUCAGUUGAACAGUAGUCCUGCUGCCUUGAGUUUUUAUUUGUAAAGUUGUUUUAUUUACACUCUGUCUGCACUUCAUUGUCAUGUUAUGCGGGAGGAAAAUCUGAAUAAAAUGUCAGUCACAAUUCAUGUACAGCAAAUAAAAUAUUUAAUUUUGUAGUAAA